AUGAAAGACAAAUUCAACCGGUUCACAAACAGUUCUCUAAGUCCUGGCACUGGCAGCAUCAGCAUGACUAAAAAUUUUCAUGGGUAUGGUUUACUCUAUCGGAUUGCCGACCAGCUGGUGUACUCUUGUUGUGGUGCUGAAUUGUGCAUUGUCAAAGGAGGACUGGGAUGGCCAAGAGAGUCAAACAUGGGUGACGAUAGACUACAAAUAUUGGAUGGUUCUCGCAGGCCAGGCAAGACGGCUGCUGGUGAAUGGUUGAUGGGUUCACGAGAGAUUAGAGACAGGGCACAAAUUAAAGAAGGGUCACGAGCCCGUUGA